AAAUUAAAGAAGAGUAAAGGGGUGGCAUGUGCAGACAUAUAUCCGAUGUUUACGACUCAAUUCUAUUAUACCCAUUUCCCCAAAUUCUCUCCUUUAUUGAUUCCCAAUCAGCCCCAACAACAUCAAUCUUUCAUGGUGGCUUUCUAUUUUUAGUUUCUAUACCAUUUUAAUCAAGGACGAGAUCGUUUUCGUAGCGGUUGGUGAAGAGAUUCGUCUAGUGUUGCUUGAUUUGCAGUGAAGAUGGCUGGAUCAGAUGAGAACUACCCGGGAGCGAUGAGGCCUUCGAAUGUUCAAGGGGGAUUAAGGCCUGGUGUGGGAGGAAAAGUAACUGGAGGAUUGGGGCAGAAUAGGAGGGCACUAAGCACCAUCAAUAGGAAUGUUAUUGGAGCUCCUCCAUUACCUUGUGCUGUUGUCCACAAGAGAAAUGGCAUUACUGAAAACAAAGCCAAUGCUGUUAACAAGAUCCCUCCUGUUCCGAUUCAUCGUCCAAUCACAAGGAAGUUAGCUGCACAAAUAGCGAACAAACAACAGAAACCAGCAGUCGAGGUAACAAAGCCACCAGUCCCAGUGGCACCAAUUAGAAAUGAAUCAGAAGACUGCAUUAUUAUCGAUGCUGAAGAUUACAAUGUUUAUUCUGCCGUGCCAAUGUUUGUACAACAUACUGAAGCAAUGAUGGAGGAAAUUGAUAGGAUGGAUGAGGAAAUUGAGAUGGAAGAUGCACAAGAUUGGUCAGUUGUGGACAUAGACAGUUCUGAUAAAAAGAACGAACUUGCUGUAGUGGAAUACAUUGAUGACAUCUAUGCUUACUAUAAGAAGGCUGAGAUCGUUGGCUGCGUCCCUCCAAACUAUAUGGAGCAGCAAUUUGAUAUUAAUGAGAGGAUGAGAGGCAUCCUCAUUGACUGGCUGAUUGAGGUACACUAUAAGUUUGAACUGAUGGAGGAGACCUUGUAUUUGACCGUGAAUCUCAUCGAUAGAUUCCUGGCAGUUCAGUCAGUGAUUAGGAAAAAACUUCAGCUUGUUGGAAUAACAGCUUUGCUUCUUUCCUGCAAGUAUGAAGAGGUUUCUGUACCUGUAGUGGAGGAUCUAAUUUUGAUCUCUGACAAAGCUUACACCAGAAAAGAAGUGCUUGAAAUGGAGAAGUUGAUGGUUAAUGCCUUGCAGUUCAACAUGACAGUACCUACAGCUUAUGUGUUUAUGAGGCGGUUCCUUAAAGCCGCUCAGUCCGAUAAGAAGGUGGAGCUCGUGUCUUUCUUCUUGAUCGAGCUAUGUCUGGUUGAAUACGAAAUGCUUAGAUUCCCACCAUCAAUGCUUGCUGCUGCAGCUGUCUUUACUGCUCAGUGCACUCUCUGUGUGUCCAGGGAGUGGAACGCAACCUGCGAGAAGCAUAGCAGCUACGCCAAGAAUCAGCUUUCGCAAUGCUCGAAACUGAUGGUUUCUUUCCAUCAGAAAGCAGCAGUUGGGAAGCUUACUGGCGUGCACCGUAAAUACAGCACUGCCAAAUAUGGCCAUGCCGCAAGAUGUGAACCAGCUUCUUUUCUAUUAGAAGCCUGGUUCUAGGAACCAGUAGUUGUGUUUAGUUUUGAAUGAAAUUGUUGAUGUGCAACAUAAGUUGCCCCAGGCUCCUGGGGGAGGGGGAGGGUGUUUUGAGUUCUUUUGCUGCUGAGAGAGAACCACCAUGUGUUUAUUUAUUUUUUCAUGUUACAUUGCUGGUAUUUUGUGAAAUGUUUGUUGACAUUGCUUUCCUUA